AUUUCAAAGAUCCCAGUGUUCAGAAGUUGCGUCAGAUCUGUUUGCUAGACAUCACAACAUAAGAUCAACAGUGGAAGGUUUCGAAGAGUUAGCACCUGUGACGUUUGAAGAUGGUGAAGCCGGAUAUUCACACUUUGGCCCAUCACCUCAAACAAGAGCGUCUCUACGUGAACUCCGACAAGCAACUGCUCCAGCGGUUAAAUGCUGACGUGCUGAAAACUGCUGAACGACUCUAUCGCGCAGCAUGGAUUGCAAAACAGCAACGGAUUAACCUGGACCGCCUUAUUCUAACCAGUGUUGAAGCAUCUCCUGCAGAAUGUUGCAACCACGCCAAGGUCUUGGAGAGCACGCAGUUUGUGGACGGAUACAAACAACUGGGAUUCCAAGAGACGCUUUACGGGGAGUUUUUAAACCGUCUGAGGGAGAACCCGAGACUCGUGGCCUCUUGCUUGGUUGCUGGGGAAAAGCUCAGUUACGAAAACACGCACAGCGUCAUCCUCACGGUGUUCACCUCCCUCUAUGGCAACUGCAUCAUGCAAGAGGACGAGAGUUACCUCCUGCAGGUCCUGCGUUACCUGAUCGAGUUCGAACUGAAGGAGAGCGACAACACCAGGCGGCUGCUUCGCAGGGGCGCGUGCGCAUUCAGCAUUCUCUUCAAACUCUUUUCAGAGGGGCUGUACUCGGCCAAGCUGUUCCUGACGGCUACCUUGCAUGAGCCGAUUAUGCUGCUUCUGGUAGAAGAUGAAGAUCACCUGGAAACGGACCCAAACAAGCUGAUUGAGAGGUUUUCUCCCACACAGCAGGAGAAGCUAUUUGGAGAGAAAGGAAGUGAGAAUUUCAAAAGGAAGGUGCAGGAGAUGGUGGAAAGCAACGAGGCAAAGCUGGUAGCCCUGGUCAAUAAAUUUAUCGGGUACCUGAAACAGAACACAUACUGUUUCCCACAUAGCUUGCGUUGGAUUGUCUCACAAAUGUACAAAACCUUGUCUUGUGUGGAGGGACUGGAUAUUGGGGAGGUGAAGGCCAUGUGCACAGAUCUCUUGCUUGCCUACUUUAUUUGCCCAGCUGUUGUGAAUCCGGAACAGUAUGGGAUCAUCUCUGAUGCUCCAAUAAAUGAAGUGGCAAGAUUUAACUUAAUGCAGGUCGGGAAACUGUUACAGCAGCUGGCGAUGAUUGGCAGCGAGGAAGGGGAUCCACGACUGAAGAACAGUCUCUGCAAAUUUGACAAAAGUUGCGUGGCAGCUUUCUUGGACGCUAUUAUUGGAGGCCGACCAGUAGAAACUCCUCCCAUGUCCUCCAUGAACUUGCUGGAGGGACUCAGCAGGACUGUGAUUUACAUGACCCACAACCAGCUAAUGAACUUGGUUACAUUCACGCGGCAUGUCAUGCCAGGGGAUCUGCUGAGAGAGGAGGACAGGAUGGCUCUGGAGAAUCUCAUCAUUAACGUUCCUCAUCACAGGACGGGCAAGAGCAGUAGCCUUGAGCUCACUCCCUCCAGCACACCCCAGCUGUCUCCUGCAACCACUCCAGCCAACAAAAAAAAUCGCCUGCCAAUAGCUGGGAGGAAUAGGAACCGGGCGAAUGAAGCGAAAGACCAGCACCUGGAACAUGAAAGUACUUCUCAGGAGUCAUUACAGGAAGUUCAGCCUGAAGAAGUCUUGGUCAUUUGCCUGGGUAUCUCCUCCCAGGUCAGCCCUGGCAUGAUGUCGGAAAACGAGGUUCUGAGCAUGCAGCUUGCUGAGAAUGGACCGGGAGAGGUGCCUGUAGAUGAUGGUAAACUGCAUGGAAAGCCAGACAAAACGCUACGUUUUUCACUCUGCAGUGACAACUUGGAAGGAAUAUCAGAAGGGCCUUCGAACCGCUCAAAUUCUGUCUCCUCGCUGGACCUGGAGGGUGAAUCUGUCUCGGAGCUGGGAGCAGGACCGUCCGGCAGUAAUGGUGUGGAGGCUUUGCAGCUGCUGGAGCAUGAACAAGCCACAACACAGGACAAUCUGGAUGACAAGUUGCGUAAAUUUGAGAUUCGAGACAUGAUGGGGCUGACAGAUGACAGGGACAUUUCGGAGACCGUGAGCGAGACCUGGAGCACUGACGUCCUGGGCAGCGAUUUUGAUCCAAACAUCGAUGAAGAUCGACUUCAGGAUAUUGCAGGUGCAGCAGCAGAAAACAUGCUGGGUAGCUUGCUGGGUUUACCAGGCUCAAGUUCAGUGUUGCUUGACCCUUGCACAGGGUCGACCAUCUCUGAGACAACUAGCGAGGCCUGGAGUGUGGAGGUUCUACCAAGUGACUCCGAGGCCACAGAUUUGAAGCAGGAGGAGCGACUGCAGGAGCUGGAGAGCUGUUCGGGACUGGGCAGCACGUCCGAUGACACUGAAGUGAGGGAGGUCAGCUCACGGCCCAGUACCCCCGGUCUUAGCGUUGUAUCAGGAGUCAGUGCCACGUCAGAGGACAUCCACAACAAGACGGAGGAUCUGCGGUCAGAGUGCAGCUCAGAUUUCGGAGGCAAAGAUUCCAUCACCAGCCCUGAAUUGGAUGAUAUUAUUCACGGAGUUCAUUCGCUGACUUCUCCGCCUUCUCAGACUGACUCCUUGCUUGCAAUGUUUGAUCCACUGGCUUCUGAGGCGUCAAUCACACCGUCAAUAGUCAGGCCUAAAGUACACUAUGCCAGACCUUCGCAGCCACCUCCCGAUCCUCCCAUACUAGAGGGAGCAAUAGGAGGCACCGAGGGCAGACUGCCACCAUUCCCCUCUCACUUGAGCGCGCAGAGCGAGGCCGAACUGCUGAAGCAGAGGUACUCAUACUCGGAGAGGCUGGUCCGCAGCAGGAGCUCGGAUAUCGUCUCCUCAUCUCGUCGGCCGAUGAGCGAUCCUGGUUGGAAUUCCCCUGCCAGCAGGCGGGCAGGAGCCGAAGAGCUGUUUUUGACGGGAGCGUCAACUGGAGUCAACUGUGGUCCUACAUCUUCACCCAGCAAAGAUUCCCUGGGGGACGAUAGGAAGGAUAGCGAUGAUGAAAAGUCUAACAAAUCUUGGUGGAAGAAGCGAUUUGUCUCUGCGAUCCCUAAAGCUCCCAUUUCCUUCAGGAAGAAAGAUAAGCAAGAGAAAGACAAAGAAGAUGGUGCACAGGAAAGGUUUCAGGCUAUGCAAGAUGAGCCCAGGUUGAAUGCCCAGACACAAGCUGCUGAGGAUAUCCUGGACAAAUAUAGGAGUGCCAUUAAACGGGCGAGUCCAAAUGAAGCGGUUGGAAAUGAUGAUGUCCCAGAGGUGAUUGGAGAUGACAGUGUGCACGAUUCUCCACGUGAUGAUACUCUUCAAAACUUGUCAGCUGAUGACCUACCGGACUCUGCCAGCCAAUCUGCCCAGCUUCCAGACUCCACCUUCUCCUUCAGAGACGCAAAGAAAAAGCUGCGAAUGGCGCUGUGCUCCGCUGAUUCUGUGGCAUUUCCUCUCGUCAGUCACUCGACCACACGGAAUGGCCCCCCAGGGGGUCCCGAGCAUGGAGAUUCUGAAGACAACGAGAUAGUUUGCUUCCUCAAAGUGCAGCUGGCGGAAGCCAUCAAUCUGCAGGAUAAGAACCUGAUGGCCCAGAUUCAGGAAACCAUGCGAUGCGUCAGCAGGUUUGACAGCAGGACUUGCCGCAAGCUACUCUUUGCCAUCACAGAAGACUACAGAAAACGAGCUCCGUAUAUUGCUUACUUGACACGGAGUCGACAGGGGCUGCAGACCACACAAGCUCACCUUGAACGGCUGCUACAGAGAGUGCUGAGGGACAAGGAAGUGGCCAAUCGCUAUUUCACCACAGUGUGUGUGAGGCUGCUGCUGGAAAGCAGGGAAACCCAGAUUCUGGAAUUCAUUAAAGAUUUCCAGAGCCUCACAGCAUCGGACGACAAGACUGCUUUGGUGGAAGAAUUCCUGCAGUCGCUGUACGGAGCGAUGGCACAGGAUGUGAUCUGGCAGAGUGCCAGCGAGGAGCAGCUUCAGGACGCACAGAUGGCGAUUGAACGCAGCGUUAUGAACCGCAUCUUCAAACUCGCCUUUUACCCCAACCAGGACGGCGACAUUCUACGCGACCAGCUUUUCUACGAACACAUCCAGCGCCUGUGUAAAGUCGUGAGUGCAAAUCACAAGGCUCUUCAGAUUCCUGAGGUGUAUUUGAAAGAGGCCCCCUGGCCAUCUGCACAAUCUGAGAUCCGAACAAUCAAUGCCUACAAGACCCCGAGAGACAAGGUCCAGUGUAUCCUGCGAAUGUGCUCCACCAUAAUGAAUCUGUUAAGCCUGGCCAAUGAGGACUCGGUCCCUGGGGCAGAUGACUUUGUUCCCGUUCUCGUGUUUGUCCUUAUCAAGGCUAACCCACCCUGCCUGCUGUCCACUGUUCAGUACAUCAAUAAUUUCUAUGCCAGUCGGCUCAGCGGAGAAGAAUCCUAUUGGUGGAUGCAGUUCACAGCAGCCGUUGAAUUCAUUAAAACCAUUGAUGAUCGCAAGUGAUGCAGAACAUAUCCACCUGCAAGACAGACUGUUAGGAAAAGUGAAGAGAUUCACACCAACUGUUUGUGGGAAAUGGA